AUGGAGUCCCUACAUACUCAGGGUCAGAAGGGGACGAAUUUUAACCCAAACAAGGCUAUUCUUGCUUCUUCGGUUAGUCGAUAUGUGUUCAAGGAUGGAAGGAUCACUGUACGACCGGAAAGUGUUCUCGGACACAACGAUCUGUACCCCGUGACAGAGGUGGAGGUAGAUGCCGAAGACAGACACAGCCAGGGGCCGGAGGCCGUCGAACGAGUCUCGGAGAUCUUUGCAAGACAGAGACAGCGCGGGUUAGAAGUUGCGAGCUUCUUUCAUGGAUUAGACACACUACCUUCACAGUUCGGGGAUACAGCUUCGUCGGUUCUUGGGCGUUACACUGACUUAUGA